AGGCCCUAUGAAGCGCUCCUCCAAAGCCAAAGAGCCUUUCACUUUUACAUUGCAAAGUGCAACUCUGUCAUUAUUUCCUCUAUUAAAACGUGCUCUAAGUUCUCCAUUGAAGCAGUUUCACCUCCAUUGAAGUGGCUACUGAGUUUUCAUUCUGCUGAAGAAUUAGGGUUUAUACUUUGACCAUCCUAUGCAUGGCAUCAUCUGUGGUGAGUUCGGGGGCCUUGGUCGUAUUGGAAGAGCUGAAUUCGUCUUCUCCACAAUUUCAAAAUGGGGCAUCAAUUCGCGUUACUGGAAAGCUAUUGGAUUAUACUGUGGAGACUGCUGUGGCAGUUAUUGUCGAUGGAAAUGCAACACUGAAGAUUGACACAAAGCAUUUGAAGAUAAACUAUCGAGUGGGUUCCAUCUACCAGUUUAUCGGAGAACUAUUCUUUGAAUCAGAGAAUCAGCCGAUACUGAAGGCACGAGUUGGCAGGAAUGUUGAUGGCAUGGACCUCAAUCUUUAUCGGCAGUCCCUCCGGCUCUUGAAAGAGUUUCAGGCUGAACAAACUUAUAAUUAAAGAUUUAACUGACAGCUCCAACUUUUGAGUCUUGAGUGGUUUUGCUUCCUUGUAGUCUUGUACAGAGAUGAUAACAGGUGCUUGCAUUUGACACCUGAGGGGCUAACUGGCCGAGGGAUGUGUGAUUGAACUAACUUGGUAGAAUCUUCUAAAGCUAUGUAGGGAUGUUCAGAUUUGGCUGAUAGGCCAAUUACAUGCUCGUUUUGUCCUGUUGUUCCCGUCCAAUGAUGGUGAUGAUCCUUCAAUUUCUUAAGAACGUCGUUCAUUAUGUCCUCCAUGACCUUUGUCUAAAAUCCACAUUGUACGCCAUAUUGUUGCACCCUGUGAACUGCUGCAUGAAAUGCUAAGAAUUCCGGUUAACCUUUUUAUUUGGCCUUAGUAUAUAUGGUUGCAGAAAACUUUCCAUCUAUUCUAAUUCUUAUAAGGAUUCCUUCUAUUCUGGUAAUGGUUAACAAAUGAUAAAGCUGUAUAGGAUUCAUUAAAGCAAAAUGCAAAUUAGUAAGCGGUCGUUGAUA